GGAAAAAGAGAAAAUCACUCUAGCACUGAAUUUUACACCAUGCAUUUAUUGGAUGCUUGUUUGUGAGUGCAAUGCACUCACACGUGCAUGUCCAUUGUGUGAACUUUAGACCUGUAUUGGUGCACGUAGUAGGAGAGUAGGCUUAAACAUUAACAAUAACUCAGGUGUCUAGAUGACAUUGCAGAAAUGCACCUACGUACGUACUAGACAGACACACGCUACCUGACAAAGACACUGUAACUGUUCUUCACACAGAUCAAGAUGCAACUCUUCACCAUGACAGCAUUAAUGCUGUCGACAAUUCUGUCCUUGAGCUCAGGGGGCAAAGUGCUGGUCUUCCCCCUCGAGGGCAGCCACUGGGUGAACAUGAAGGUCAUCAUUGAGGAGCUGCACUCCCGAGGACAUGAAAUCACUGUAGUGAGACCUUCAGACAGCUGGUACAUCAAAGAGGACUCUCCUUACUACACUGCCCUAACUCUUCCUGCCGCUGGAGGACUUGAUGAGGAGUUUUUUGUCUCUCUUGUCAGCAACCUGAUCAAGAUCCGGAGAGAACAGAAGUUCUUCUUGAGUCGUGUGAUGUUCGAAUUGGAAUUGAUGGAUAGAUUUUCAAAGUUGCAUGAGCAAAUGGUUGAAAUGUUGACAAUACUGUUUGAAGACAAGGCUCUCAUGAAAUCACUGAUGGAUGCCAAGUUUGAUGUUGUUUUGACUGAUCCAGGUGUAGGAGGUGGAGUCUUCAUAGCUCGAUAUUUUAAUCUGCCAAUGGUGUUUAAUGUCAGGUGGACAGUACAUGGAGAGGGUCACUAUGCCAUUGCUCCCUCCCCUCUCUCCUACGUCCCCUACCCAGGUGCUGAGCUAACAGACAAGAUGUCCUUCUUUCAGAGAGUUCAAAAUGUUUUUACAUACAUGUUCAGCUUGUAUCAGAUUUCCAGCAUUAUUGCACCCCACUAUGUACCAUUUGUCAAACGCUACUUUGGUCCUGACGUCGACUACUUCUCCCUGUUCCAAGAUGCCGACAUCUGGCUCAUGAGGAAUGACUUCACCUUUGAGUUCCCACGCCCGACUAUGCCCAAUGUGGUGUACAUGAGUGGGUUUGCAUGCAAACCUGCUAAAGCACUUCCUGUUGACCUGGAAGAGUUUGUCCAAAGUUCAGGGGAACAUGGAGUCAUCAUCAUGUCCUUGGGAACUCUGGUUGCAGAUCUUCCGAGUGACAUUACAGAAGAGAUUGCAGCUGCUUUUGCUGAAAUUCCCCAAAAGGUCAUUUGGAGACACCAAGGGCCAAAACCAUCCACUCUUGGCAACAAUACCUUACUGGUGGACUGGAUGCCCCAAAAUGACCUACUGGGCCACCCAAAGACCAAAGUGUUUGUAGCUCAUGGAGGCACCAAUGGUGUCCAGGAGGCCAUCUACCACGGUAUUCCAAUAGUUGGCUUGCCUUUGAUCUUUGAUCAACCUGACAAUCUAUCUAAGAUGGUAGCGAAAGGAACAGCAAAGGUGGUGGACAUUACCACCAUGGACAGAGCAGUGUUUGCAGAGGCGCUAAGGGAGGUGCUGCAUGAACCAUCCUACAGGGAGAACAUGCAGCAGCUCUCCAGGAUCCACCAUGACCAGCCCAUGAAGCCUCUGGACCGCGCCAUCUUCUGGAUCGAGUUUGUGAUGAGGAACGGAGGAGCUCCUCACCUUCGUACACAGUCAUUCAGGAUGUCCUGGAUUGUUUAUCAUUCUGUAGACGUAAUACUGACACUGAUGGCUGCUCUGCUCCUCUGUCUACUGAUUGUCUUCCUGAUCAUCAAGAAAUGCCUCUCAGUCUUAGUUAAGAAGAAAGUGAAAUCUGAAUAACAUGUUCACAUUAUCUUAGAAUUCUUUGAAUUACACAUUCUGUAAAGGGCAAAGAAUUACUACAUAUUUUCAGUGUCUGCUA